AUGUUGAAGAUCUGGUCAAUGAAGCAGCAGCAAGCGCAGGCUGAAAAUGCCGAGAGCGCUGCUGGCAACAAGAAGAAAAAGGUCACCGCGGCACAACUUCGAGUGCAACGAGAUCUCCAAGAACUCACCCUCGGAAAUACCAUGAAGAUGUCCUUUCCGAACCCCGACGAUAUCCUCAACUUCACCUUGUCGAUCGAGCCAGAUGAGGGCAUGUACAAGGGUGGUGUCUUUAAUUUCAACUUCACCGUCAACCAGAACUUCCCUCACGACCCACCCAAGGUAAAAUGCACGCAGAAAAUCUACCACCCAAACAUUGACCUGGAUGGCAAUGUUUGCUUGAAUAUCUUGCGUGAGGACUGGAAGCCGGUGCUCAACUUGAACGCAGUGAUUGUGGGCAUGCAAUUCCUCUUCCUCGAGCCCAACGCCUCCGAUCCUCUCAACAAAGAAGCCGCAGAUGACCUGCGCAAUAACCGCGAAGCCUUCAAGCGGAAUGUGCGCUCAUCUAUGGCCGGAGGGGCUGUUCGUGGCGAGACCUUUGAGAGAGUUCUUCGGUAA